AUGGGUUUUUGUAUGUUCUUCAAAUGUUGGGUUCUCUCUUGUAAAACUAGAAAAAAAUUCAUCGAAAAAAAAAAAAAGAGAACCCAAAUCUGGGUUCUUGAAAACCCAAGAACCUAGAUCUCUGGAAAGCUGAAGCUUCUUUCUAGAAGUAUCAUCGUCUUCCUUGUCACUAAUGCCACGAGAGGAGGCUCUAUUGAUCUUGUGUUCCUCUCCACCGUCUCUCUCACUUCUCUUUCGACUUAUACUCGAAAUUGUGUUGUUUGGAGACAAGACUCUAGCUUCCUUCUCACAAUUUGCCGUCAAUGGCAAUUUAUUCACAUCAAUUCCUCGUAGAAAGGACUUCAUCUCCAGCCGGCUAGAUUCCUAGUUGAGAUCUGGAUGCAAAAGCCCAAAAACAGAAAAAAGAAAAAAGAAAAAAGAACUUUAACAUGUGAACAACAGAAUAGCUCAAUGUAAUCAAUCUUAAAAGCACUAAUUGAAGAAGAGAAAAUGGGUAGCCUCUUCUAAUUUCUUCUCCCUUUCUCAGAUCUUUAAUUCUCUUUGAAUCUCAAAUUCCAAGGGCUUUGGAGCUUUCUCCUUAGAGUUCAAAUCCAUGUCGGGUCUUGCUACCAAGUCGCCACUGGAUGCCAUCCCCACCAAAUCUCACCUCCCAAACCAAACUCUUCGAUCCCGCCUAGAAUGCCAAAUAAGAAAAUUCCAUAACCAUCUCCCUCUUGAUCUAAACCUUCUCUUGCUCGCUUUGCCAAGAAGCCCCCUCUUGAUUCCCCCAAUUUUUGAACUAUGGAAAAGAGGAGGAAAGUUUUGAGUUUUAAAGAAAGAGAAUGGGAUCCAUGAUCGAUAUAUGGUUGCGCAAAAAAAGGGGGAAUUGGUGUGGCAACUUCUAUCGAGGGAAGAAGAACGAGGAAGAAGAUCGAGGUAUUUUAGCAAUAUAAGUAUUUUUAGGUG